UUUGGCCUAGCUAUAAAUACGGGUUACUGCUGUAUACCAACGGAAAACCUAAAAUCAUGACAGAGCCAGACAGUUGCUAACUAGCAUCUUAGCCACGAUUAAAGGCGCUAAUUUAUUAUUUUUCUAUAAGGUUGGCAGGUUGAUAAAGCCUUCAACAGCGCUAGCCGGCUAAUAUCUGCUAUCCGUGGGGUGUUUCUGUGUCGAGCCAAGGGCCUUGUUGUCUUCCACACACAAAAAAACCUGUCCGGGGAUUUUCAUGUUGAAGUCGUCCGGGUUAGCGGUAGAAUUGAGUGUUUUCUUGUCGGAAGAUGGACACUGACAAGUUUAACUAUGUCUACAGCUGUGACCUGGACAUUAACGUUCAACUGAAGAUAGGUAGUUUGGAAGGAAAACGAGAGCAGAAGAGCUAUAAAGCGCUGCUGGAUGACCCCAUGCUGCGCUUUUCAGGUCUGUACCAGGAGAACUGCUCUGACCUCUAUGUCACCUGCCAGGUGUUUGCAGAGGGAAAACCUCUUGCUCUGCCCGUCCGCACCUCAUACAAAGCCUUCAGCACACGGUGGAACUGGAAUGAGUGGCUGCGGCUGCCGGUGAAGUACCCCGACCUUCCGCAGAGCGCCCAGGUCGCUCUCACUGUGUGGGACAUCUAUGGGCCUGGCAGAGCCGUUCCUGUCGGAGGGACAACAGUCACCCUGUUUGGAAAAUAUGGCAUGUUCCGGCAGGGGAUGCACGACCUGAAAGUUUGGCCAGGUGUGGAGGGGGAUGGAGGGGAGCCCACCACCACGCCGGGACGCACCAGCAGUAGUCUCUCUGAGGACCAGAUGGGCAGACUUGCAAAGGCCCCUGAUCUGGAGGUGCUCAGUGAUCUGACCAAGGCUCAUCGGCAAGGACACAUGGUGAAGGUGGACUGGCUGGACCGGCUGACCUUCAGAGAGAUUGAGAUGAUUAAUGAGAGUGAGAAGCGCAGCUCCAACUUCAUGUACCUGAUGGUGGAGUUCCCUCGCGUGAAAACGAACGACAAAGAGUACAGCAUUGUGUACUAUGAGAAGGUACAGGAUGGAGACGAAGCAUCACCUGCUCUGACCAGCAGCGACAUCGUCAAAGUCCCUGACCCACAGAUGGGGAUGGAGAACCUGGUGGAGAGCAAACACCAUAAACUGGCUCGCAGCCUUCGCAGUGGACCUUCUGACCAUGACCUGAAGCCCAACGCCGCCACGCGGGAUCAGCUGAAUAUCAUCGUGAGCUACCCUCCAACUAAGCAGCUGAGCUCAGAAGAACAGGACCUGGUGUGGAAGUUCAGAUACUACCUCACCACACAGGAGAAGGCUCUGACAAAGUUCCUCAAGUGUGUGAACUGGGAUCUGCCCCAGGAGGCUAAGCAAGCUCUGGAGCUGCUGGGGAAGUGGAGGCCCAUGGAUGUGGAGGACUCCCUGGAGCUGCUGUCUUCUCAUUUCACAAACCCCACAGUGAGGCGCUACGCCGUGGAACGUCUUCAGCAGGCUGAUGACGAGGACCUGCUGAUGUAUCUCCUCCAGCUGGUGCAAGCACUCAAAUAUGAGAGCUUCAGCGAUAUCCAGGGAGGGCUGGAGCCGGGCAGCAAGAGAGACGGCCAGGGACUUUCAGAUGACUCCACGCUGGACAGUUCUCAGAUCCUGUCUGUCACAUCCGGAUCAUCCACCACCCCUCAGCAGAAAGGCAAGGAAGCAGCAGACAGUGAGACUCUAGAGCAAGACCUGUGCACCUUUCUCAUAUCUCGCGCCUGUAAGAACUCCACACUUGCUAACUACUUGUACUGGUAUGUGAUUGUGGAGUGCGAGGAUCAGGACACGAAGCAGAGGGAUCCCAAGACACAUGAGAUGUACCUGAACGUCAUGAGGAGGUUCAGUCAAGCGUUGUUAAAGGGAGAUAAGAGUGUGAGGGUGAUGCGUUCACUGUUGGCCGCCCAGCAGACCUUCGUAGACAGACUGGUGCAGCUAAUGAAAGCCGUCCAAAGGGAGAGCGGUAACCGCAAAAAGAAGACGGAGCGGCUGCAGGCUCUGCUGGCCGACAACGAGAAGGUCAACCUCUCGGACAUCGAGCCGAUUCCUCUUCCUUUGGAGCCUCAGAUCAGGAUCAGAGGGAUCGUCCCAGAAACGGCAACGCUCUUUAAGAGUGCCCUGAUGCCAGCUAAGCUGAUCUUCAAAACAGAGGACGGAGCCAUGUACCCCGUCAUCUUCAAACACGGAGACGACCUGAGGCAGGACCAGCUCAUCCUGCAGAUCAUCUCCCUCAUGGACAAACUCUUAAGGAAAGAGAACCUGGAUCUGAAAUUGACUCCAUAUAAAGUUCUGGCCACUAGCACCAAACACGGUUUUAUGCAGUUUGUCCAGUCUGUUCCAGUUGCAGAGGUUUUGGCUACAGAGGGUAACAUCCAGAGUUUCUUCAGGAAGCACGCGCCGAGCGAAAAGGGCCCCUACGGCAUAAGUUCGGAGGUGAUGGACACUUACGUCAAAAGCUGCGCUGGUUACUGUGUCAUCACAUAUAUCCUCGGAGUGGGAGAUAGACAUCUGGACAACCUGCUGCUAACAAAGACCGGAAAGCUCUUCCACAUAGACUUUGGCUACAUCCUCGGUAGAGACCCCAAACCUCUGCCGCCGCCCAUGAAACUGAGCAAAGAGAUGGUGGAGGGGAUGGGAGGCACACAGAGCGAGCAGUACCAGCAGUUCAGGAAGCAGUGCUACACCGCCUUCCUCCACCUAAGGAGGUACUCCAACCUGAUCCUGAAUCUUUUCUCUCUAAUGGUGGAUGCCAAUAUUCCUGACAUUGCUCUGGAGCCUGACAAGACCGUUAAAAAGGUGCAGGAUAAGUUCAGACUGGACCUGUCGGAUGAGGAGGCAGUUCAUUACAUGCAGAGCCUUAUUGAUGAGAGCGUUGGCGCCUUGUUUGCUGCUGUGGUUGAGCAGAUACACAAAUUUGCACAGUAUUGGCGCAGAUGAGCAAUCCAGACGAGCAAAACCGGGUCAAAGCUUCGCACCACAAAUACACAAUAGUGAAGUCUUGGCUUGUCUGCGUGUUCAUGAAAAAGGCAAAAGAAAACUUAGAGGCACUGCUGGGGAAAAAAAGGCCAAGAAUGCACUGCCAACCUUUGUUUUCCCCUGUAUAUAUCUUGUACAUUAAUUAUUGAAUGAAUGAAAAGUGCGGCCAAAUAAAAGACUGUUGCUACGACUGA